AGGUAGUAGAAAGCAAUGUGAAAGUGAGGAGAAUAGCCCAGAGCAGUUGCUUUCUACCAGAGGCUCUAGUAGCAGUAGUGAAGGUUUAUCUCCAAACAAGCCUCUUACACCUGGACCUCCUGGUGUCAGCACUGUAGGAGGAGUUACACAGUCUCCCUUGGAGAUGGUGCAAAGUAUAGUCAGUAGUAUUCCUGUGCCAUCUUCUCUGGGACCUCUGCGUCCAGUGUCCCAGCAACAACCAGCACCACAGGUUAUGCCAUCAAUACCUCAACAGCCACAGCAUCAGCAACAGCAGCUGCCACAACAUCAGCAACAGCCACUGUCACAGCAUCAGCAGCAAAUGCCACAGCAUCAACAACAAACAGCAGCAGCAGUUCCAUUACCUUUGUCUCCUAACAUGUACAAUGGUCCUAUUUCAACUAGUGUUACUGUGUAUGGUGGAGGAGGUUCAGGUGGGCUGGUUCGUGCCUCAGGGCCUUUAUUAGUAAGUGGUCCAUCUCCUGGUCACUCGAGUGUUUUUGUGACAAGUAGUGGUGGAUGUAAUGGCCCAACAAAUAUGGUAGUAGUUUCAUCUCCUUUCAGUAAUAAAGGAAAUGGAGCAACAGGAGUUGCUGUCACAUCAGGUGUGGCAGGUGUUGUGGGGGUGCAAGCUGCCAUGCCUCAAGUACAGGUUCAACAACAAAUGGCUCCUAUGCAGCAGCAUUUACAAUCUCAGUUACAACCACAGCUGCAACCUCAGUUACAGCAGCAACUUCAGUCUCAGUUACAACCUCACUUACAGCCACAGCUACAGCAAUUUCAGUCUGUACAACCUGUGGUGCAGCUAGUCAACACUUUUGCUACUAUGCAAGCUCCGGUUAUUAUCCAGAAUGGUGGUAAUAUUAUCCAGUCAUCUACAGGUCUUCUGCCUAGCCCAAGUGGUAUGCUGGCUGGGCCUACGCCUCUAACACAAGGUACUAUUAUGGCUGGUCAGUCUCUUGUUCCUGCAACUGCUGCUACACUGACAGUGGAGGGCACCCAUCACCAUCACCACCAUCACCACCACCAUCAUCACCAGCAGCAGCAGCAACAGCAGCAGCAGCAGCAGCAGCAGCAACAACAACAACAACAACAACAACAACAAAGUCAGGUUGGACAACCUCAAUCCUCUCCACAUGUACAAGUGGCACAGGUGGUCACUACUGGGCUUUCUGGAGAAGCAAUAGAAGAUGCCCGAACAAGAAACACUUCGACUCCACUUGGCACUUCGAGUUCAACUCCAUCAACCCCACAUUCAACACCAGGUUCCACUCCUGGAUCAGACACUCCCUCGAGUGGUGGUUCCUCAGGAGGGCGCCGUCGCAAGCGAAGACGCAAUACUUCAACGCCACAAGGAUCAACUACCUCACAGUCUUCACCGCAGCAGCAGCAUCAACAAGGAUUGGUACCAACAAUUAUUAUGGGCAACAAAGUUCCUCAGCAUAUGGUAAUGAAUGGCCCACACAUGACUCAAGUGUCACCAUAUGGUACAAUGGGUACUAUGGCUGCUGCUGGACAGAUGGCACAAGUAGCCACUGUCACAAGUCAGGUGGGAGGUGGGCAGAUGCUGCAGGCAGCAACUGCUCCAGGCACAGGUGCCAUUAAUGUUGUUCAGAUGGUUGGGAACACAUUACCUAACUUACCUGUACAAGUACACAAUCCACCUGCUAUAGUUGUUGGGUCUGCACCUGCUCAGGGUGUAGUCAUCAAUCAACUUGCAGAUGGUACUUUUAUUUCUACGGAUCCUAACACUGGUAUGUCAUAUCCUGUUCAGUUACAGUUAUCUGGUGGCCAUAUAGUUGGUGUAUCACCUGCUGUUAGUGCUGCUGGUGGAAUGGUGGGCUCACUGGCUCCAGGACCAACAGCAGGGGGCAUGCCAGCUAUGGUUGCUGUGCGUCCUUCUGUACCUCAGACUACGGCUGUUGUCAAUGGAGCCAAAGUAGUGAACAUUUCUCCUUCACCAGCAACAACGCAGCUGACAGGCAAUGCAGGUGUUCAUGUUCUACCUGUUACUGCAGCUACAGCAAAUUACCCAGCUCCUGGAACUAGCAUUAGUCCUGGCCAAGCAGUGUGUAUGGGUCAAGGAACAGCACCAUCUGUAGUAGUGACUUCAGAGUAUGUGAAUGGUCAGCCUGUGGUGAUAAGUGGAAGUGGCUGCAGUAGUAAUACUACAGUAGUCCAGCAUAAGACUACAAUAGUACAGCAACGUACUACACUUGUUGCUACUCAAAGUGGUGAUGAGAGUGGUACACAUUCCUCUGUAUCGACACAAACACCGGGUGGCUUAGGAGAAAGUGAUGUUAGCAGUUCAGACUGUGUGAGUACAGCAGCAGGAGUACCAUCUUCCCCAUCUCAUCAGAGUGCAGAGGUCACCACGACACGUCACGAUGAGGAUGCUACUCCCCCUACUGACCCUCCGCCUUCACUUCCACCACACUCCCCGGACAAGAAUAAGCGUAUCAUCCCAGAGGAGCCACACAGUGCAUCCACUUCAGAGGAGGCGGUGACGUGCGGCCGCGGAGUGGUGUGGGGGCCGCAUAGGGGCCACCACUACUGGCCGGCUCAGGUGCUUAACCAGGUUGGUGGUGAGUGUGUGGUGCAGUGGUACGGGGAUCAUAGGGUGGACACUGUGAAACAUUCCGUCCUGUCCACGUUCCCCAUCGUCCCACCCAGAGUGCCCAUGCGACGCAGUGUGAGAGGGAGAAAUGCUUUGGACAAAGCCAUAGCUGAAGCUGUUAAGGAUAAUACCACUCAUUGUCAAACUUAUCAAGCCCCACAGCUUAGGAGAAGCAAAACAUACGUAGACUCCCCAACCACCCUGAACAUCGUUGUGGAUGGACCAAUCAUUGGACUGGGUAGUGGACCAAAACACAGAUCUGUAAACAAACAAGCAAAGUCAGCCUUAAAGGGCCAGCACAUGAACAUAGCCUCUGUGAAGCAAGCCACAUCAGGAGAAAGUAGGAAGAGAUUGACGAGUAAAGUAAAAGGUUUGACCCUAACUACAGCAUUACUUGUUCGUGAAUCUUCCCUACCUCCCCAAGACCUUUAUCCUGCCCCAUGUGCUGCUGCUGUGGCACCAUCAAGAAACAGAUCAAGAAGGGUCAGGUGACAUCACCACUGAUCACUCUGAGCAAUCUGUUUGCUGCACUUCUGGACACCACUACCUAAGAGGUAUCUCGAUAUUAUACCAUUUUCUUCUUUUGCUUUAACGAACGUGUCAAGCUUUAUCCAAUACACAAUUUCAACUUGU